AGUCCUAGGUUUACACAUCGACACAAAACACACCUACCACCACAACCACAACUACAACAAGAGGGAAACAAACACCACCGAAAAAACAAUGGCGUCUAGGGUUUCAUUGAAGAGCAAGGGCAAAGCGAGCGGCAAGGCCUUGAAGGGCUCUGCAGAGGAAAAAUCCAUUGGCGAGAGCUUAAAGGAGUGGAGCACUUGGGCCCUGAAGAAGGCCAAGGUCGUCACCCACUAUGGUUUCAUUCCUUUGGUCAUCAUCAUCGGCAUGAACUCCGAGCCCAAACCCCAUCUCGCUCAGCUCCUCAGCCCUGUCUGAUCGAUCUUACUGGCUAGUUUUCUGCAAUACCCAGAUCGGGAUUUGGGAUUUUCUUUCAUGGGUUGGUGCCUAUUUGUCGAAAUCUACAUGUUUUGAGUUUGGGUUUUAAAUCUGUUAUGUUAUGGAUUUUGUGUAUCUUUAGGGUUAUCUUUCAGAAAGUCAUAAUCUAGGGAAUUAGAAAAAUAAUAUUAUGUUUAAUUUUCAAUGUUGAAAGCUUUAUUUUAUUGCGUUUUUUUA